AUGUCGGAAGAAAAUAAAAAAUUCAAUUUUACCUACGAUUGGUUUACAUUUCACAUUCACAAUUGGGAAAAAUAUUUAUUUCAUCUUAAGAACGAAAAAAUCAAUGUUCUUGAAAUCGGAACUUUCGAAGGAAGGUCAGCCAUUUGGAUAUUAGAAGAAUUGUUUAAAAACCCUGAGUCAAAAUUGAUUGCGAUCGAUCCUUUCGAAGCCGAUGGGGUUGAAGGUUUUUACGUUGGUGAUUUUGAAGCGACAUUUCGUGAAAAUGUCAGAAUAACGGGCAAAGAGAAACAAGUUGAGAUUAUGAAAAGUUUAUCUUUGGAUGCACUUAUCAAACUGAACCAUAAAUCAAAGAUUAAAUUUGAUUUUAUUCAUAUUGAUGGUUCUCAUAUUGCUUGUGAUGUAUUGACAGAUGUUGUUUUAGCAUGGAAUCUCUUAAAGGAUGAGGGAAUUAUGAUUCUUGAUGAUUACGAACGUUACCGAUACAAAGAAGAAUAUAAUAAUCCAAAAAUAGCAAUUGACGCAUUUAUUAAAUGUUAUGAACCAAAAAUAGAUGUAAUUCACAAAGGCUAUCAAAUAAUUAUUAAGAAAGUUAACAAAGAAAGAAAAGAAACUGAAAUAGAUGAUUUUCCAGAACAUUUGAGACAAACGAUUACGAAGUUUUAUCCCAAUUAUACGUUUAAUCCCAGUCAUAUACUCAUUUAG